GAAGUUUGUUGCUUCGUAACCACUUGUGACGCCUUGGUUUUGAUCAAUCAGGAAUUCCAAGUCCAUAGGUUAAAACUCCAAACCUGAUCUGGGUUGAAGCCCCAAUCCCAAUAUGGGUUCUAAACCCCAACUAGAAACGAAAAGAAGGAAAAAAAAAAGGGGAAAGAAAAGGGAAAUGAGGAACGAGGAACGAGGAGAGCGGAGAGUAGAGAGAAAAAUGAGAAAGGGAAAGAAUGCUGCUGCUGGCAUUGGUGUCGAUGUCGGUGCUGGAGACAGGGAAAAGAACAAAAAUGGCAGAGGGAUAAGGGUUGAAGAUAAGGGAGGGGAAACCCAGCCAUGCCUUGGAAAAUUGAAACCGGAUCUGCUCUGCUUUGCUCUGUCCGCCGGCUGCUCUUGUUGUGGGGGCGAAUUGCUUGGGUUUUGGUUCCGUGAGCUUCCCCCUGCAGAUCCCACCGGCCUUCCCCAAUCUGCUAGCUCCGGUUCCUUGCUUGUAAAUUCUGGUUCCCGAUCGUUCUGUCAGUUAGUACGUGAAUUGAGUGCUCGGUUUUAUGCAAGUGAGGUAAGUAAUUUAUGGUAAUGCCUGUACUGUUUUAAAAGCAUGUUUUGAUUUGUUUUUGAAGUGGUGGUGGGACUAAACCCGUUUUACACAAGUAUGACUGAUUUGAAGUGAAAUGUUUUAUACUUUUCACUAAAUUGAGCAUGCCUACUUGAAAUUUAAGUGACUGUCCUGAUGAUCUGAAAGUGAUUGUGAAUCGUGAUUUUUCUGUUAACUUCUGCCUGUUUUGUCUCCGAUGUGGUCAUGUUAUUCGUGACCCUGCUAGUGGGGGAGGAAGUGAAACCGAGGACGGGGAAACCACGGGAAGUGACGAAUUAGAAGGCUAGCCAUAUUGUAAUUGGAUAUAAAUUUUAGAUAUGAAUCAUGAUCUUGUAUUUGAAGAUUUUAUGAUAUCAGAGAGAAUUUUAUAAUUUGAUCUUCAGAUUUUGGUGGUAUCAGAUUGUGAUAU